ACACUUCAAAAUACGAAGCGUCGUUUGAAGACCUGAGAUUGUGUUUGAGUGAAAAACAAUGAAGCAGCAGUGGAGAACGUUAUCAUCUGUUUCUGGACGCAGCGUGCGCGUCUCCGGCCGCGUGAGGCUGCGUGCGUCUGCUGCUCGGGCUGAAAACUCGAGCGCCACGUGCGGGUGCGCGCGGCAGGGGGCGCUGCGCACCGCGCCUUCAGCCCAGCGAGCUCCACGACCAUCUGCUCCUGCUCGACAAUAUUUUUAUAUUCAAAAUGAAACGCUGUUCUAACCUUUCCUCACACCGUCUGCUGUGGGAGCACCUCUGCUGUUUUCUCACAGUGUUGAUCUAAUUUGCAUUUAAGCACACACUCACACACACACAACAGGGACAGUGUGGAGGAAUUCACCCGCGGGCGAUAUCAGUCUUUUACCUAUCUGCCGCAUCUCUUUCACGCUAAGUUCACUGUCCGCCAACACCUUUGAAUGACAAUGGCUGGCCGGCCGGCUGGCGGCCUCUCAAUGAGCUGAAUAAAGUGUGAUCUCGAGGCAGCUGUUAAGACAACAUUGCAUAAAUCACGUUAAGAGACGACCUGGCUGCAGGAUUAAGGCUGCGGAGAGGGCUUUUGUGUUGGAACGUCUUGGUGCCAGCCUGGAGAUGAGGAGUGAAAAACUGGAGCUAUAGGUGUUCUUUUUUUCUUCUUUUUUUUUAGACAGACAGACAGUCUGGAGGCCUGAACAGGUAUAUGCAAAUCUAAAGGAAAGAGAGAGAGAGAGAGAGAAGAAGAAGAAGAAGAAGAAAAAAAAAACAAAACGUAGGGCACUGAGGUAUGCGUGCAUAGGCGCUCCUGGCUGAAGGCUGGGUUUCACCACGACUUCGCCCGGAGCGCAAGAAGGGGGGAAAGGCUGAGGAGCCAAUGAGGAGGCAGCAUCCAGCCCAGCUCUCUAUAACUCUGUGUCACAGAGGCUGAGCGAUGCCACAACAGAGUUUUCUGCAGCCGGGAGAGUUCCGCUGGACUAUAGGCUUUCCAAAUUGCGCUCACACACCACUUCUUUUACUGCGAUUUUUGUGUGUGUGUGCGUGCGUGUGUGUGUUGCUCCACAGCUCAAGAACCCACCCACUGUGGACUUUCUGUACUCUGGAGGGGCUGCUUCCCACCAUGAGCGCCGGACAGACGUACGAGAAGAAGAUUGCGUGUAUUCUGACCGAUCUGCCAGGAUCUAUGAGCUGCCACCCGAACUCCAAGGACUCCCCGACUCUGCCCGAGUCCUCGGUGACGGACAUGGGCUACUACAGCGGACAGACGGCGCACGGCCAGCACGAAUACUACCAGAGUCAGGCGUACGGACAGCCCAUGAACUCUUACCACCACCAGUUUAAUCUGAACGGAAUGGGAGCCGCCGGAGCGUACGCCACCAAAUCCGAAUACCCGUACACGAAUAGCUACCGACAGUUCGGACAUUACAACAGAGAUCACCUGCAGGCCUCGCCCCCCAGCUCAGUGAAAGAAGAGCCUGAGCCCGAGGUCCGCAUGGUGAAUGGAAAACCGAAAAAGAUCCGCAAGCCGAGGACGAUCUACUCCAGCUACCAGCUCGCUGCUCUGCAGAGGCGCUUCCAGAAGGCGCAGUACCUCGCGCUGCCGGAGAGAGCGGAGCUGGCGGCCCAGCUCGGCCUCACUCAGACACAGGUGAAGAUCUGGUUCCAGAACCGGAGAUCCAAGUUCAAGAAGCUGUACAAAAACGGCGAGGUCCCCCUGGAGCACAGCCCCAACGCCAGCGACUCCAUGGCCUGCAACUCCCCUCCCUCCCCCGCAGUGUGGGAGAACAGCACCCCUCAGAGCACCCCGAUCAGCAGACCUCAGGUCCCGCAGCCGACGCACAGCUCGUCGCCGCCCUACCUGGAGGAUUAUAACAACCACUGGUACCAGCAGGGAUCACACCUACAGCACCCGGGCACCGUGCACCACCCAGUCCCGCAGCAAAGCGUGGGAGCUGUUUAUUAACAAUGACUCGAGAGCAGAUUUAUCUCCUCUCUGUUUUUUUUUUUUAUUUCUCCAAGCGCGGUCUCGCCACAAUGACUCUGCAGAGCAAACAGUCGAGCGGACCGGGAGCUGGCCUGAAGCCCGAAGUGAAACAUUUUUUGGUUUCCUGGAUGAUCAAGAACGUUUCAGAACUUUUUUUUUUUCCAUUCACAAAGCUCAUAAGGGAUUUCUGAUCACUUGUGGCAGCAUAUUUAACGGACAUCUGGCGUGUUUUGUUUUUUUUUUUUUUAAAUUAUUUAUCGCUUCUCUUGUAUGCCCCCCCCCCCCAACUUCUUUUGUAAAUGAAUAUGCAAAGUUUUUUUUUUCUUGUCGUUGUUUUGUUUUUUAAACAAGUAGCAUAACCACGAACUGAUAAUUGACAAAACUGUGCAGUUGAUCCACAUCCAAAUCAUUCAUGUGAGUUUGUAGAGAGCGCGUCAAAAAAAAAAAA